CCUGUUCAGCCACAGGUCGACCUGUUCCCAUGGUAACACUGAUUGUUCUCCAUCAGAACCUCAGCUUCUCCCACUACAACACCAGCAGAGUGACCAACACCAACGGUACCGUCACUUCCACCACCACAGCUCUGCUCUCAGCUCUCAACAGCACACAGGUUGAAUGUUCAGUAUUAGUGCAAACUGCUGCUCUCAGAGAGCUGCUGGUCACCGUUCCUGGACUCACAGAGACGUCUGAUGAUGGUUUGGAUGUAGAACCUGGUUCAAAUUACAUUAUUAUUGGAUUGUUUGUGGUGGCUGGAUUAGUGUUGGCGCUCUGUGUUGCUGCUCUCUUCUUUGUGCUGCUCAGAAAACAGGCAGAGAAAAGGAAACAUAAAGAUACAUCAGACAUCAACUCUCAGGAACAUAAAGAUGCAACAAAAAUCAACUCUGUUAUGAUGAAUGAAGAAGCGUUGGACAUGUUGAACGGAACACUCAUGGAUGGAGAAGAGAAGAAGAACAGUACAGAAGAGAGAAUGGAAGACAACAGGGUCAUUGAAGACCCUGUGGUACUCGAAUCAAUAUACGUCUCCCGAUAUAGUUCACCAGGCUUAACAAAACGCCACAACAGAGACCAGGAGUCAUCAGUCAAACCAGCAGUAACGUCUGACUCUGAACAGGUUAACCAAGGAAAGAAAAUUAACUGACCCACCAGUUUGUGGUGGAAGAGAUGAAACAGCUACACCUGAGGUCAAAGGUUGUGGGAAAAGAACUUAUUGUGAAGUUAGGCUCCUUGUUAAGAUGUUCCGGGUACAUCAGGAGGACAGGAGACCAGAGGAAGAACCAGGACGCCCUGGAGGGACGACGUUUCUCUUCUGGUCUGAGAAUUUGGGAUUCCCCCAAAGGAGCCUCCAUGGCCUGACCCCAGGUUAAUAGGAAGAUGAUGGAUGGAAUGGACGAUUAAUAAAACAAAAACUUUGUAAUAAUUUCAACACCACCCUGAUUUGAAUGAGCUAAAUCAUGAAUAUAAAUAUGCAUUUCAUUUAAAUAAAAAGUAAAAUGCAUUUUUUAUUUUAAAUAAAAAAUGCAUUUAUUUC